GGGGCAAAAAGUAAAAUUCAGUCAAGAUGUCGGAGAAAAAGAUGUCCUCGAGUCGCAAGCAUCAUCUAAAGAGCUUGAUGCUUGCUAUCGCUAAAGGUUUACUGGAACAGGAAGUAAAGGACAUAGAGGUGGAGAGGCAGAGAUACAUGUCAGAAACCUGCCAGCCUCUGUCUCUACCUGGAUCCAUGCAGGCAUUACAGGAAUUGUGCAAGGAGCUUCACCACAAAAUUGAUGUCACUGACGAGGAGAGAUAUGACCUGGAAAUGAAAGUCAAUAAGAGUGCAAAGGAGAUCGAGGACCUGAACAUCAAAGUUAUUGACCUGAAGGGCAAGUUCAAGAAACCCGUGCUGAGGAAAGUGCGCAUGUCUGCCGAUCAGAUGCUUGGGGCUCUUCUGGGCUCCAAACACAAGGUGUCCCUGGAUCUGAGAGCCAACCUGAAACAAGUCAAGAAGGAGGUCAAAGAGGAGGAUAAGGAACUGCGUGAUGUUGGAGACUGGCGUAAGAAUAUUGAAGACAAGUCUGGCAUGGAUGGCAGGAAGAAGAUGUUUGAAACUGAGGCUUAAAUUUAGUUGUAGUUUUUUGAGGCUUAAUUUAAGUUUUAGUUUUUUUGAAGUUCAAUGUGCUGCUCAAACAUAACGGGCCUUGUCUUUAAUUUGUGAGAAACUGUACUUUAAACACAUUCAUUUACAUUUGCUAUUGUGGGAAAGUAAAUGUGAUCACUUAGUUUUCUGUUCAAUAUUGGACCUGAAAUGUGCAUUCUCAACCUUGUA